GCUAUUCAUUAUGGUCGGUAUAGUAGGUGAAUAAAGAGGGCAAAACUUGUGAAAGAAUUGAAAAAAAAAUGCAUUUUUUAGUAAAGGACUUUCGGUUUAAAUUGUCUAUGCUUUUCGUUUGUUCCCAGGUUCUCCUCGUCUACUGCCAACGCGACGCAAACACUGAAUGCGAAUUCAAUCUAGACACGACAUCACCUGCAUAUCCGCCUCAUUUAAUCGAUGCCAAUUUGAAAAUCGUAAUGCCUGUAAUGCAGGGCACAACAAGGGUUAUCAGUUUGAAAGAAAGUGAACAAGUUACUGUCAGCUGUUUGGGCACGGGGAAUUUUCUAAAAGAGACUGGUUAUCAACGAAAUCCUGCAACUUGUACGGCCAAUUCCAAAUUAAAGCUGCAAAACGGGAUGGAACUUUCUUACGGCCAGUUAGGAUGUUUAAAACAAAAUCGCGGAGUGCUAGUUGAAAGAGGCUCGUGUGCAAACGGUCCUGGUACUCUGAUUCGAAACGGGUGGGAGUUUGACAACGAAUUCCUACCAUUGUACGACAUGUGCCACGACAAAAAUUUGGCAUUGAAUUACUAUUCUGUCAACGUUGUAUCUGGUCGCUCGGCUAAUGCCGGCGACAAGGGCAACAAACGCCCGCCCUUCAGUCAAGACAUCUACUUUCCCGGGAUAAACGUCAGUGUGGCUUACACGCAAAAACAACAAACUCAAACUAUAGCUAAAAUCUUGGGUUCCGAGCAAUUGGCUGCAGAGUACAUUAAACCAAAUUCACAAUACUUUUUGUCUCGUGGGCACAUGUCACCUAAUGGAGACUUCAUUGAUGCUGCAAGUCAAGAUGCUAGUUUCUACUUUACGAACACGGCGCCCCAAUUUCAAACAUUUAACGGUGGGAACUGGAGAUUACUAGAAAAUGGCAUCCGCACUGAAGCACUUAGCCGCCAACUUGAUUUGACAAUUUACACGGGAACCUUUUCUGUGAUGACCUUGGCUGACAUCAACAAUGUUCAACAACCCAUCUAUUUGGCAUUUGACGAAAAUAACAACGGUCUAAUCCCAGCUCCAAAAUACUACUGGAAAUUGAUUCACGAUCCCAUUUCAGACACUGCCACGGCUGUGAUCGGCAUUAACAAUCCUUACCUGAACCCAGUGAAGGAAGAAGAUAUUAUUUGCCCUAACGUCUGCGACCAGGUUCCUUGGGUGAAUGAAGCCAUUUUGGCGUUAACAGACAUCACCAAAGGUUACACUUUCUGCUGCACAGCUGCUGAUUUGCACAAGGCUAUUAGUUAUGCACCAGACAUCAAUGUCCCACUUUUCGGCAGUGCCGCUACUAAAAUUAAUAUGGUCGAUAUUGUUACACUUACAUGUCUUUGUAUCUAUGGAUACUUGUACCAGAGAGUCUAAAUUAGGGAAGCAUUCGCUGCUAUCCCCUUAGUGGACGUUUUACGCAAUAACAAUAAAUUGACAUUCUGAAAUUCA